GAUAUUUUAUGUAUUUAUGUAUUUUUGUGUUUUCUCUCUUUAUUUAGCCUAUUUAUGUACAUAUUAUUUUAGGUUUAUUUUGUUAAGACCCAAGGAAGAUGUUUUCAAUUAGAACACCCCAUACGAAAAGAAAAUAGUCACCCAGAAGCUCAAAUAGAAACUCCAAAUAGAAGCUUAAUGCUAUAAAUAUUAACUUACAAGAAAAGAAAGUACGUACCAUAAAAAGAAAAUAGAACCCCAAUAGCUACUUCGACAAAUGAAACCUUUAAAGGAAAACAGAUUCCCAGAACAAAAACAUCGUCAGAAUAUUAAAACUGAACCCUCAUGAAGGAAAAAAAACAAGAAUUAGAAUAUAACAAUACAGGAAAAUGUAAUCAACAUUAAGAAUUGAAUCCAUAAAGAAAAAAAUAUAAGAGAGGUAUAACUAUCCCCUCCCCAAAAAAAGCAUAAUAAAACUACCAAAAACAUAAUAAUCUCCUCGCAAAAUAAGUAUCAUCCUCUUUUUCAUAUCAUCCCCUUCUUCACCUCACCCUUGACGCUGGUGCCAAGGCGAGCUGUGGGGCAUGAAGGGCGAGGACGGGGAGUGGACCGGGAUGGUGGGGCGGCUAGCACGGCAGGAGGCGGACAUCGGCGUAGCCAACCUGUUCCUCACUCUGACGAGGCAGGGCGCCGUGGACUACAGCGCCCCUUAUGAUGCCGAGGUGAGCUGCUUCCUGGUCCGUACCGAGCCUGCCGUGCCCCGCUGGCUGUCCCUCGCCCUGCCCUUCCAGAUGUCCACGUGGGGCGCUAUCCUGCUCGGGGUGCUCGUCACGGGGGUGCUCAUCUACAUCUUCGCCAUAGCCAGUGAUUCUUGUGGAGGCGAGGCCCCUCUCCUGCGGUCACUGUCCUUUGCCUGUUUCUACGCCUCAGGGAUGCACUUCCGCGGAUCCUUCUACAUCUUGCCAAGCCGCCACAGCACACGGACCUUCAUCUGCUUCCUCUGGAUCUAUGUUAUCAUCAUCACCACUGCCUAUUCCUCCAACCUGACAGCCUUCCUCACCGUCACCCACCGACCGCAAGGCAUCAACACCAUAAGGUCCCUCUAUUCCACGCGGAUGGAGGUGUCAGGUCUAGGGAGCUUCUUCAAAGGUGCUCUGGCCUCAGCUGUGGACCCGUAUCUCCAGGGUCUGGGGGAGAGGUUCGUGCCGUACCAGAAGCUUGACCUCGUGUGGUCGCGGGUGCGGGGCGGCGAGGCUGCAUACCUCCACAACAAGCAGUUCCUAGAGUUCGUCAUCGCCACGCAGUUCACGGAAAGGAAGGGUGUUGCCAGCAUGAGGAUAAUGAAGGAAUGCUUUGCGCCGUACAGCAUCGCCAUGGCCCUGCAGCGACACUCGCCCCUCAAGAGGAAGUUUGAUCGCGUCAUAAGCUGGAUGCUCGAGAGUGGUCUGGUGCGCCACUGGUUCCUGGAGUCCCUGAGGCUGUCUCGCAAGGUCAAGACGAAGAAGAAUAAUGAGUAUGUCGACGAGACCAAUCCCGUGAAUGUCACUGACCGGCCAGCGGAGGACAGGGCGGUGCAGGGCGUCAUCCCCCUCAGCAUCAACCACAUGCAGGGCGUCUUCUUACUCUUCCUGUUCGGCAAUCUCUCGGCACUCCUCGUCGUCCUGCUCGAGUGUGGGCACCACCGAGUCUUCUUCAGCGUGUGACGGCAUAAGCUGACUUUAGUCCUCACGACAUCUUUGUGUGACUGACCGACUGAUUUAUCAAUUUAUUUUAUUGUUACAAAAAUACAAGAAAGGGGCUAGCCAUCUCAAUUUAAAAGCAGUACAAAAAGGUGCAAGAGUUCUACGAAGCUAUCAAAGAGAUAAUGGAUUGAUUCUUCGUGUUGCAGAAAAAAGUACAACCAUAGAAAGUGGAAGUGCUUGCCAUCUCAACGCCCUAUUGGAAUAAAGGGAAUGAUUUAACUUUUUAAUGAAGAAAAUGUUUCGUUCAUAUGACGGAAAUUUACGUUGUUACUCGGUUGUCUACUUGGAGGAAUGAUACAUAUUUCUUCCUCCAAGGUUGUCUACGACACACUCAUAUUAAAGGUCUG